AUGUUGUUAUUUGCUUUAGAAGCAAAUAGUUCAGUUAAGCCAAAGACACCAACGAAACCACAUACACAAGUGCCCGAGACAAAAACGCAGGAUAGCGAAUGCUUGAUAGAAUACGAAAAGGGCGCUGGUUUCAUCUAUUGUGAGUUUGGGAUAGAUUGUCAUCUGAACUGCAUUAAGAACAGGGGUGCGGAAGGUGGAAUUUGCCGUUGGGGAGGUGCCGAAGUCAAGUGCCUCUACAACUACAGGAGCAACGAGCCUGUAUCAGAAGUGCCAGAGACAAAAGCGCAGGAUAGCGAGUGCCUGAAAGAAUACGGCGGUAAUGUUGGUUUCAGCUUUUGUGCGCCUCGGAUAUUUCCGACGAUUUGUUACACUAAUUGCCGUGAGAAAAAGGGGGCUAAAGGUGGACGAUGCCUUUGGGGAGAAGGCGGUGCGGUUAAAUGCUUAUGCGAUUACUGCAGCGACAAGCCUGGAUCAGGUUUAAACGAACGAUCCACGUUUUAA